AUGGCUACUUCACUCCCAACCAAAGAUGGCUCCCAACCUCCUCCUGUCGCUGGUCCAGUCAAUUCUGGUACUGAUCAACCAGCCAAAAAGCCUCGCGACCCCAAUAUGUCGGAUCCUCGUCUUUUUGUUAACCGGCCUUGUGUCUACGAGCGCCGACUUCCCGGUGAUGCGUACAUAACGGCGCAUGUCCAACGACUCCAGCAUGGCUUCUAUGCCAGUGCUUCAGUCUCAGACAUGGAUGCGGAGCAUGUUGACUUUCUUGCUAUUAGCUUUGUUUUCCACUCUCCCCAUACUCUGACCCACCGCUUCAAGUCUGCUACUAUUCGGGCUGCCAUUCGUGGAAGCCAUGAGCCAUUCACCUCUACCACCUAUCCUCGGGGAUAUUCGCUGGGCAACCCCCACUUUCUGAUGCACGCCCCUCAUCUUAUCUUCGGCACCGUGUCCCCCGAGACCAUGCAAUGGACCUUUAGCCUGGCCGGUUCCCUUGGAAUCUCCGAAACCCCAGUCAGCGCCAGCUUAAUUCCAUCUGGAAGUAUGAGCAAGUCAUUCCGCCGCUAUGAAAUGAUGCGCAUUCAAGGUUCUGCCCGUACGCUGAAGAGCACACUGGGCCCCGAGUUCGAUGUUGAAGCAGGUGAAAUAGUUUGGUCGCUUGAGGAGAACAACCUGCAGCGCUCCGGUCUGCCUCGCGAGUUUACUUUCAUCAUGCUCAUUCAAAAGCCGACCGCGGAUACCACAAUCAACCUGACUCUCGACAUCGAGCCUGUUCUUAAGACGUGGUAUGGUAGUUAUCCCAGCAUCAUGCUUUCGCUGCCAGCCUACCAGCCCCAGGCGCGUCGGCCUGUCAAUUUUCGUCAAGAGGUGGGCCAGAGGUUUGAGCCUGCAGAAGCGCAACGGGGUUUCAAUUUUGCGGCUCUGGAAAGUUCCUUUGACCACUAUAUCGCAAUGCCAGGAAGAAAAUUCACGCGAUCAAUCGAGAUUCCCCCCGAGAAUUCAGCAUCCCAGAACAACGGCUUGUCUGCAAACAACGGCUUCCCUGGAAACAACUUCGGGCAGAGUUACCCACAAUACAGCAAUGGACAAUAUGUUGGUCGCUACGGGGGCAUUGGCCAGUAUACCACUGGCCAAUACAGUACUGUGAACCCGGUGCAGGCGCUGGAAAAUGAGGGCUUUUCGUUCCGCGACAACUAUACGGGUGGACUUCUCCAGUCCCAGUUGCACCAGCUGCAGACUGGGGGUCAAAGUGAGUCCACUACGAGCAACGGUGGGACUUCAGCUUUGCCAAGCUCCAUGGCCGCCACAAGCGCUUUCAACGCGCGACUGUCCGUGGAUCGCUAUGGCGCGAUGUUCCCCACUGCCCCGUCCUCUCGUCUAAGAAACCUUUACACAGAAAUGAACAAUCCCAUCGGAGUAACUGUCGGCACUGACAGCGAUGAAAAUACCGCUGUGGCUCGGGGGGACACCAUCGAAGAGACCGCAGGCCGGAUCACCCACCUGCAUGCCAACGAUGAAAGUCGCGCGCGCGUGAUCGGAGGAAAGGUCUACGAGGAGGAGGUGCGUCGCCCCCGACCGCGUCGGCUUCGUUCUGCCUCGACGUCGGAGGCAUCAGGAAGUGUCAUGAUGCUGGCCAACGUGCCACUCACCGAGAACUUGCUUUUGGCCCUGGCCAGAAACCUGCCCGGUCGUUGA